CAUAUUUGUCAAUCGUAGUCUACAACUAGAUAAGAUUAAUUUUUUUGGAUUCGACAUGGACUACACCCUUGCACGUAUGUGUAUGCGUUACUUUAUCUCUUUCUUUUCAGAGUAUAAAUCUCCAGCGUAUGAGGAAUUGGCUUUUAAUAUUGUUCGCAAUAAAUUGGUUAGCAUGGGGUACCCUAAGCAGCUGAGGGAGUUUAAAUAUGAACCUUCAUUUCCUAUUAGAGGCCUGUGGUUUGAUAAAAUGUAUGGAACCUUGCUGAAAAUGGAUCAAUUUGGUAAUAUUCUGGUUUGUCUUAGGGGAUUCAAAGUGAUCCAAAGAGAAGAGCUGAGGUCCUUGUAUCCUAACAAGUUUCUUCGCUACGAUGAUAAGCGCAUAGUGAUAAUGAAUACUCUGUUCAAUCUUCCAGAACUGUACAUGCUAACGUGCAUCAUACACGUAUUUACAACAAGUCCGGAGCACACUCAGGUUGACAAAGGGGUGAAAAGUGGAUCCCUAUUCAUGUCUUACAUGUCGAUAUAUCAAGAUGUAAGGCAAGCGAUCGAUUGGAUGCACGAAGGAGAGCUCAAAAAACAAACAAGAGAAAAUCUUGAUCUCUAUGUAGAAAAAGAUCCAAAAGUUUAUAUCCUUCUACAAAGGUUCGCAUAUUUUAUCAUGUUAUUGACUAUAUACUCUUAA